AUGUCUUGUGGCUACCUUACUGAAGAGUAUCGAACAGGCAAAGCCGGAAAAUCUACCAGCGGGGGCAAAGCUGGCACCGAUACCAAAUCACAAUCCCGCUCUGCGAAAGCCGGUCUCCAAUUCCCCGUCGGUCGUGUUCACCGUCUCCUGAAGAAGGGCAACUACGCCCAGCGUGUGGGUGCAGGAGCCCCUGUUUACCUCGCUGCUGUUCUGGAAUACCUCGCCGCCGAGAUUCUCGAGUUGGCCGGAAAUGCCGCCCGCGAUAACAAGAAGCAACGUAUUGUCCCCCGUCACUUGCAACUCGCUAUCCGAAACGACGAAGAACUCAACAAACUCUUAGGCGAUGUUAUCAUCUCCCAGGGUGGUGUUGUACCAUUCAUCAACCCGGAGUUGUUGCCAUCCAAGUCCAAUAAGGGCAAGAAGGACGGCGACGAUGUUUAA